AUGUCACGCGGAGGCAUACUUUUAUGCUUCCCCAUUAUUCUAUGCAUCGUUAUACGUCCAGCCUUAGCGCAGACAGACUCCGGGACUCCAGUCUACUUUGCACCUCCACCAGAGACAACACAGAUUAGCUCCUCAACGACUUAUAACUACUGUCUGACGGCUGCUUUAAGUACUUCGAGUCCUUUCUCCUCUCUUCCCAAUGCAAUCUCCAUCUCUACUGUUAGUGCUAGCCGCAGUGGCCUGGGUUAUUCUGGGUAUACACGCGUAUCGCUGAAUAAGACUGGCCUAGUGGCGCCGUCUACAACGCCAAACGAAACGACUACUGAUUCCUCCCCUUCACGCACGGAUGUCAUAAAAAUUACUGCUACUACAUCGCCAAAACCUCAUCUUUCUUCUUUACCCACUUUCAAACUCAUUUAUCUGGCACCCUUGUUUGCCAUUUUGGGUAUAUUUGCCGGAGCAACUGUAGCAGGUAUGAUGUACUCAAGAGUAGUUCGACGCUACCAGAGGAAACUUCAACCUGUACAGCCGUCUCACCUAGCGCCCGACCCUUUUCCGUACCGAUUCCCCCCUUCUCGUUCUCUACAAAUGGAGCUUGGCAGGAAGCAUACUUUACGCUCAAUGCAUUAUGAGUGGGUCGGUCCUUCGGAAGGCGACCAUACUGGAGAUGGACUUGACAAUAACAGGAGAAACAAAGCGGAGAGUGCUCAUGAAGAUAGUCCCGGAAUAAGGGCGCUUAAAGCAUUCAUUUCUGGUUCUGCGCCCCGCUGGUUUGUCGAUAACGAGGGGGACAGGGCUCCUCUGGUCUCGCCCUACCCCGAUCUUGCCCAAUCGUCCCACCUCGAUGCUAAGGGACCGCCUAUCGGUCCUAGCGGUGAUCUAGUAGCUCCAGGGAUUGACCCAAUAACGCCUUUAACGGUUGCUUCUAAUGCCAGCCUGGAUGACGAUGAGAGAAUUUAUGGCCACAAAACUCAUGGCAGCAUUCGGCGCAAAAUAGCUGAGCGACUUAGGAUGGGCUCAAGGAGGCUCAGGCACGGGGGUCGGGAAACUGAUGCUACUGAAGACGAACGGGGCUCUAGUGCCGAUCCUAAUGAGGGAACUGUGCUUCUCGGAGUCCCAAACCCAAAUGAGCUAAUCGACUCUGGUCCUAGCGCAAGUUCUGCUGGCGUCAGGAAGGUAUCUGGAUCUAAAACUAGAGCGGAGGGCACACAGGCCUUCCUGCGCUCUGCCCGUUCUCACCGGGAAACUGGUCGCGAUGAUUCAAGCUAUAUAGACUCUUCCCACUCGCCCGCAUCUCAUAGAAUCGUGCUCCCUUCUGAUCGCAUGGCUAUCUCUCCAUUAAACGUAUCACGCUCGGGUAGGUCACGAGUGGCCCCUGCUUCGAUCCCUAGAGAUCCGUCUAUUAAUGAGGCACCUAUCACACCGACGGCAUCUCGCUACAAAGCCCGUUCACGGCCUUUCGCAGAUUCCCCCGUGGCACUCUCAGCGGCUCAUCAUUCCCAUCCUAUUCCCGAUGCACCACAGCGAGUCAUUUCUCCACCUGCGCAUCCGGAGUUGUUCUUCGCUGACCCGAUUCUUGGACAUUAUCUUCCGUCACAUCAGGAACGUAGGAAGGCACGUCGUUCUCGCGCACCUCUGGCUCCUCCGAAUGAGGGACCAUCUCGUUCACGGCGUAUGAAUCCUGGUUUUCAGCGAUCACCAGCUCCAUCCCCUGAGGAAAACAGUCCAAACCCACCGUCCACUGCAUCCUCCUUUCUUCCACCAGCAAAGACAAAAGAGGUGUUAGGUCGUGUCAAUGCCGUAGUGAAGAACGCAUACGGACUCCGAGAAACUCCCCAAAUCAACGUCAAGAAUGCCUUUAGGGAACACCAGGAGUUUACUGAACCCAUAAAUCGUGAGAACCAAGAGGGAGGAGAGCCGUAG